CCCGCCGCGUCAAAGGCCGUACACAGCAAACGGACAAAGACCGCAUCAAGUGGUGACAAGAUGGCUUCAUCAGCGGUGGCGAGGGCAGGCGGACUCCUGCUGUUCCUUUUCUCCCUUUCGUCCGCGCAAAUCCGAGGAGACAGCAUUGCGACCUGCAGCAUGAACGAUGGAUUUGGAAAGUACUGUCCCACCACAUGCGGGGUGGCCGACUAUAUGCAGAGGUACACGUCCAGGAUGGACAAGGAGCUGGACUCCAUGCUGAGGGAUCUGGAGUCCGUCGCUAACUUGACGCAGACGGUUGAAGAAAAGGUGGUGGACAUGAAGGACAGCGUCAAUCUGGGCCACAAGACUCUCCAGCCUGAGGUUCACUUCAAAAAGGCGUCAAGUAUGCUGGAUGACUUAAUUCACUUUGAGAAGACAGUCAUUACGCAAGAGCAGCAAAUAUUUGAACUGGAAGGCAUCAUAGCCGCCAACGACAGGAGGAUGGCCGACUUGAAAACGCUCUCCCUCCAGCUGCAGCAGACGUGCGGCAAACCCUGCAUUGACACCGUGACGAUCCAGGACCUCACAGGAACAGAUUGCCAGGAUAUCGCUAACAAAGGCGCCACCACCAGCGGCCUUUACUACAUCAAACCGGCCAAAGCUACCGAGCAGUUCCUGGUCUACUGUGAGAUUGACGGCUUCCGACGAGGCUUCACCGUCAUACAGCGGAGGCGGGACGGUAGCCUAGACUUCAACAAGAACUGGGUCCAGUACAAGGAGGGCUUCGGAUACCUCUCGCCGGACGAUACCACCGAGUUCUGGUUGGGCAACGAGAAGAUUCACCAGCUGACCAUCGGCUCCAACAUCCCAACCGUGCUGAGGAUAGAGCUGGUCGACUGGCAAGGCAACAAAAGGCACGCCGACUACGCCAUGGUUCGAAUCGGGGCGGAGGCCGACAUGUACCGUCUGCAGUAUGGCUACUACAUGGGCGGCGACGCCGGCGACGCGUUCGACGGCUUCGACUUCGGCGACGACCCCAGCGACAAGUUCUUCACGUCGCACAACGGCAUGCAGUUCAGCACCUUCGACAAGGACAAUGACAAAUACAACGGAAACUGCGCCCAGCAGGACGGCUCGGGCUGGUGGAUGAACAAGUGCCACGCUGCCCACCUCAACGGCAAAUACUACCAGGGUGGGCGGUACACGGAGAAGGACGCCGGCGAGUACGGCUUCGACAAUGGCAUCAUUUGGGUCACGUGGCACGACCGCUGGUACUCCCUGAAGGAAACCACCAUGAAGCUCAUUCCCGUAACGCACAUCGCAGCGGGCGGCGGCGGACAGCAGUCGGGGGUGAAGCAGUUUGGGGUGGUUCCUUAAAAAAUAGAUAAAUAAAGGAAGAGUCUUGUCUUGUUCACUGUUAAUAAAUGUUUUCUUUUUUUUCCCAAA